CACGCGUUGGUAGUAGUUCAUGUCGUGUUAGAGUUGUACCUCAGCAUGGCACCGACAGAUCGGAAAAUGAAGAAUAAAGGAGAUAUGAACGCGAAGGGUGUUAAAAAGAAUCUUUUGAAAGGAAACCGAUCGACUUCCGGAAAAACUAAACGGAAAUGGGUUCCUCAGCAAAAAGUUUUUGUCGGCAGUAUACAGGAAGGGCAAGGUUUUGCCCUUAACAGGAGGCAGAAGGUGCACUACGAGUACAAGAAGCUGCUGCGCAAGGGCGACCUGAGAGCGCAGAGCAAGGUGCGCUUCGAGGAGGAAUAUCCCGAACACUUAAAGCAUCUCUACGCGGCUGAGGCUGAGAAACUCAGCAGGGAAGAAGAAUCUAAAAGACGAAACAGGAGUAAAAGACUGGCGGCCGCCUCCGAGGAGGGUCACCCCGAAGCCGAAUCGCCGCAAGCUCCCAGCGUCCCCGAGGAGAUCGCCGCGCCGUCCCUCGUCCCCGUGUCGGCGCCCAGCGGUAGAAAGAAAAUGAGAGGAAAGACCUCUUACCAGAAGACGAAAGAGGAGUACGAGAGGAUCCGCGAGAAGCGCGCCAAAAAGAAAGAGGCUUACCUAAGGAGCAAAGAGCAGAGAGAAGAGGCUCUGAGAAUAUACAAGCAGAAGAAACUUCAGAUGUAUCAGAUCCUGAGCAAAAAGACAAAGAAGGGUCAGCCCAACCUAAACGCGCAGAUGGAGUUCCUGCUGCAGAAAAUCCAGGACGGCAAGAAAUGAGGAAAUAAAACUCAUCGCUGUUUUAUUCACUUAUUUUGAUGCCACUCGGUGGAUGUCUACGUUGGCACUGGACGAGGAAACGACGUGUCAGAUCGCUGGCACUCGGGUCACGGUGCGGUAAUGCGGAAUUUUGAGGGAGCUGAGAGACCAACAGGGCGAAACUAUUGUGUAUGUACUUUGGUACACAAAUUGUGUAUUUAAGUAAAUAAUAGUUUAUAUAGCAUUUGACGUAUGAGCAAAAGGGGGCUUUUUUUUAAACCUACAUUUGUGGGAAUUUGAAUGUUAGUUUUAAAUGAACACUUUGGUUUGUAUCCUUUGAGGAUUUACUGUGAGAUGCAGUAUUAAAAGAUAUUUUGAGAUCCACGGAAACAUUAAAUAUCCAUAUACCACUUGUACGGGAGCAAGCUGGAGGUGUGUGUCUGUGUGUGAGAGAGAUGAUCUGCCCUUUGGAGGAACUUUUUGACACCCUAUCCAGCUGUUAGUCCUUCCAGCUGGGACAUUAAGGCUGCACUGAUUAAUUGGGCCACAAGGGGGCGGUACAUGACAAGUCUCUCAAUGCCUUUUCAUCCCCAGAUACUGAACUGUAAAAUGUUUUUUGCCCUAAUAAUACACCUUUUCCUACAGAAGUAUGGUGUAUUGUUUCUAUUUGUAGUAUACUUAAUAUUUACUGACCCGAAAUGGAUGUACCGCUGUUGACCUUGUAGCGGCACGAUCGCGGACGUCGUGUUCCUAUUUGCAUGUUAUCUACAGGUAAUUGAAGGUGGUGAAGAACUGGCCGUAUGGGGAAUAGAUAAGUUCAUAGACCGUGUCAAGCCGCAGAACGCUUCUGCGGGCCUCUUACGUAAGGCCUGCACUCUAAGCCAAGGCACAGGCAAAUUUAAUCUAAUAAUCUCGAUUCCACCCGAGUCCGAGAAACGGAGAAGAUUGGUGGGCUUGGUUCUGGAGUCCUCUUGCCUUAAUUGCACUUAAGUAGCUUUGUUUCGUACAAAAUUCAAAGGAAAAAAACUAAAAAUUACAGCUGCUUCACGUCCCAUGUGAAAGCCCCAUCGGCGUCACGCGUUUAACGAAAGCGUGGAGGAAAUGGGCUUCUGCUGCAGCACAGGUUAGGACAAAUAGCUACACACCCCCAAUGUCCAAGAUAUUAAUUUAAUGAAACCUUAUUUGUUCUAGUAAAUCUUGCUUUUAAAUCAAUGACAUGUGGGGAAA